AUGGCUCCGGACACAGUGAUUCUCGAUGAAGAUGGCGACCUCAUCCUGAUCGUCGGUGGUGACGAAGACCCCGACGUCGUCCCAACAGUCUUCCACAUCAUGCCAAGUCCACCUACAAGCUUUCAGGUCUGCUCAAGAGCUCUGUCGCGAACAUCGCCCGUGUUCAAGGCCAUGCUCAAUGGUCCUUUCAAAGAAUCGCGAUCAAACAAUACCUUCAACACGAAUGACUGGGUUGUUGAGCUGCCCAGUGACAAUCCAGAAUCAUUUGGUGUUCUCCUUCAUAUCAUUCACAGCAACUUCGAUGUGGUGCCGAACUCAGUGGACCUACUCCAGCUAUUCCAAAUCUUGGUGGCUGCAAACAAGUACGACAUGGUCCGCAUCAUCCGACACUUCUUGAGUGUGUGGUUCGAUGUCAACAAGCAAUGGCUUUGGCCACUUCCUACUGUUCCGGACUUACAGCUCCUGGUUCAGGUUUCAUAUGAGCUUGGUGUGGAAAGCAUAUUCCGAGAGGCAGUCAUCAGCCUAGCCCUACAUUGCGAACUCAAAGAUGGAGAAGCAGACAAGAACAGCUGGUUCAUCUGGGACACGCUGUACUUUCGCCCACCUUCUUUGAAGUGGACUGUCGCGUGCAUCCGCGAACAAGCCGCUCGUUACGCACUGUCCGUGUUCCAGAGAUAUGCAGAGACCAGAGACGCUGAUCUUCUUGACUGCCAUGUUAAUCAUUGCCCGGCACAUGCGCUUUUCCGUCGCUACGUAAAGAAACGGUCCUUCUUUUGCGGUUUCGCGUUGAUGAAUACAUACACUGGGAGCUUCGAAGACUUGAUGGACGAGCUACACACCUUGGAGCAGUAUGAGAAGAUGAACGAUGACGGUGACAGUGAAGAGGAUGAUGGCUUGGGCUUCGGUUGGUAG